CUCGCCGAAAACCAAGAAACCCUUCAUACUCGCGUAGUUAUCUGGAGAAGAAGUAUAAGAAGAAGAUGGGGAUAAUAAGGAGAAGCUUCUCAUUCCUAACGGGAACAGUGUGUGGGAUCUACAUCGCUCAGAACUACAACGUUCCUAACAUCAAAAAGCUUGCCCACUCCGCCAUCUCUAUGGCCAAGCAACUUGAGGAGAAAUAUCGCAAACCCUAAGGUAGAGACGACGACGUUUGACACACUCCACUUGCAUGCUUCUCCCUCCCUCCAACGAGAUUAUUCUUUUAAGUUUUUAUUUUUCUCUUUUUUUUUUUUGAAGAAAAAGUACUUUUGGGUUUGUAAAUCCAUAUUGG